GCAAUCUGCGCCCUCUGCCUUCUCUUUGGGGUCGUCUACAGCUGCUUUGGUUACCGCUGCUUCAAAGCCAUCAUGUUCCUCUCGGGGCUCCUCUUCGGCUCCCUGGUCAUCUUCCUGCUGUGCUACAAGGAGCGGGUCCUGGAGACGCAGCUGAGCCUGGAGGUGAGCGCGGGCAUCGCGCUGGGCAUCGGCGUGCUGUGCGGGCUGCUUACCAUGCUGGUGCACAGCGUGGGGCUCUUCAUGACGGGCCUGCUGCUGGGGCUGCUGCUGGGCACGGGCGCCCUGCUGGGGGGGGGGCUGCAGCCCGGGGAGAGUGGCGGGGAGGGAACCAGGAUUCCUGAGUUCUUUUCCCAGCCACUGACCCUCCUUUGGGCUGCUCAUGUCUAUGGCCUGGGGGAGGGGCAGUGCCUGGUGCAGGGAGCGGGAGGGGGCCUGGCGCGUUGCUCACCCUGGCUCACCCUCUCAGUGAUCAUCAGCCGGCGGCAGAAGCGGCUGCAGCUGCUCCGGAUACGGCAGAAGGAAGCCAAGAAGCGGCAGAGCCUCCCCCCGCAGGAGGCCAGCUACCGGCGCAAGCCCAACCCCGUCAAGCGCUACGCAGGCGACGUCCUGGCGCCGAGCUACAUCCAGAGCCUGCGGGAUCGCCAGCAGGGCCCCGGCACCGCCGCCCACACCGUCCUCGACCUGGACUACGACUGUGGCUCCACCGUGCCCCUGACGGCCCCCACGCCUGGCGGGCGCCUCUGACGGACGGGGCAUCGCUUCAUCCCACUUGUGCCUUAAGGGGAGGUGGUGGCGCUGGGGGGCACGUGGGGGGGGUUCGCUGGUGACACUUGAUCCCCCCCGGGUGUCACCAUUGCCAGCCCAGCAGCCUCGCCCGAGGUGGGCGGGUUGCCUGCCUGCCCGCCUUUUAAAUAUUCAACACAGCUGCCUUCUCCAGCCCCUAUUGGCCAGUCUACAGAGGAGGCGGGGCAGCCGGGGACCCAGCUGGUGCCAUUCGACCCUCUCUGCAGGGUCAGGUUGGGGCCCCGCUCUGGGCUCCCCCCAUAACAUCCACCCUGCCCAGGGAGACUCUCACCAUGGGCUCCCCCAUGCACUUCCCGCUGGCACUGGGGUGGGGACAGAAACUCCUGCCCCAUGGCUGGGGGUUCUGCCUUGGGGCCCUGAGUUAAAGCUCUGCCAAGACCAGGUGGGGCUGGGGAUGGAGCAGCACCGUGGCCCAGAUGCCAUAGGGAGGGGCUGGCCUGGAGCCCUUUGCUGGGGGUCCGGCCGUGGGGCAGCACAGAGCGUGAUGGGAAAUUAGCAGCCAUAACAGGCUUCAGGACAGAA